AACCCAAAAGAACAGCAUCCCCCACAUCGCGUUUUUCGUYUUGUGCUAUCUCUGCUGGUGCGCGUUGUUGGUCUCGUUCCAUUCGCACAGCGCCCGCUGGAAUUUUUCGAUGGAUCGCGUGCAUUCGCGUUCGAGCUGUCGUUUUAUGGACCUGUUGACCCUGGAUCGGACGACCCCGAUCGGAAGCGGGAGCAUGUGGAGGAAUCGCUUCGACAGCGACAGCCGAACGUGGCCGUAAUAGCAGAUCUUGCAGCCGCCGUCCCCSGGGAGGGGUUCGAGCGUGACGCGGCUCAGUGCGUAGGCCUUUGGGCCACCGUCAUCGCCGCUCGCGCCGCGCUCGGAACCGCCGCCCGGUUCCGGUUGCGCACGACGAACGUCCGUUCCCGUUUCUCCCGGCACCCCCGCGCCGCCGCCGCGCCGGAUCCGGUCCCCGUGGCUCCCCAUCACACGGUCGAAGAUCCACGUCAUUGCUUUUUUCCCGACGGGCCGGUAGGUUUCCUUCAGGAGCGUAAACUCGUAGUAGGGCAGCGCGGUCGUUGCGUCCCUCAUGGUCUUGCAGCCGGUGUAGGACACCGCCCGGAGGGACAGGCCCGGUGCGAUCGGAACCUCGCUGUAGACCGCCAGAACCUCUUCGUUUCUGUGGUGCCCGCCGCCUGCCCCCGCGCGGGCGUUUCCGACCGGCGGCGUGCUGCGGACGAUCCUGGACUGGGAGAUCCAUUCCUCCCGCAGCUCGGGCGUGAGCGGCACGCGCUCGCACCGGUUUCCCCCGCCCUUGAGGACCAGGUCGCGGUUCCCGGGGUCCGAGAAGAACUCGAAGAGGUCCCCCGCGGCUCCCGGCGGUGCCAGUGRGGCGGGCAUGGGAACGAGGUCGCUCUUGCAGCGGAAGGUUCCCUCGAACACGAGGCCUUCGGUGUCUUGCAGUCCACCGCGGUGGGUCGCUUCCUCYGGCAGGGAGCCGUCGCCGGCGCUCGUUCCCCCUGCACCGGAACGGGGUUCCCCGGUUUCGAUCCUUCCGCGUGCCGGCGGURGUGGUGGCGGCGGCAUGCCUUCGUUCCCGGGGGGGAAAAACGCGGAGGUCGUCGGGAGCGACCCGAGCACAAACCAGAACCGCAGGCCCACCGCAGCAAUGGCCAGAACGCCACAGCGGUUGCCGGAAGCCAUUCUUUCUGUGAGUGCCGCCUGGUUCGAGAGGCUCGYUCCGUGGUUGUAGUAUUGUUUUUGUGAGCUUUCGUUUGUUAUGCCAGAGCCAAGUUCGGCUGCAUCGGUACUAGAGAACUACCACCGACCCGCCGGAAAUGGAGUGUUCGGAUCGUUCAGGUACAGUACGCACUUUUGCAGCGAGAUGCGAUAGUCUCCCUGGAGCAUUCCGCCUUGCAGAAAUACCGUACUUCCUUGCUACGUUUUUGCAGUUGACCCAAUGCUAGACGAACAAACACGAAAAGUAGAUUUGAUGGGAUGGGAAAAAGAUUUCUUUCKCCCAUGAAACAAUUCGCAAGAAUACGAAUAACGAAUAACGAAUARCGUACUGUAUCCAACCUACGCACGGUACCAUACGGCAUCGUAACUGGUACCGUMAGAAGGGCACGAGUACGAGUCGUACAUCCCCACUUGAAGGCAUGCACCUUGUUCGUGGCUGAGACGAUGUCAAAGAAAUGAGAGAAACAUCAACAGCGGAUCCAAGAAAACGGAAUGCGUUUYAGAACAACUCCAACCUUAAUCCUACAGGGGCGGCAAAACAAAACACGAUCUCGAAAGAUUUCUGUGGAAAUAACUGACCGUCGGUCCCGUCGUUACCUGGUACGGUACUAUGUACUGGUACUCGUACUCGUACUCGUACUCAAAAUCGUACGGAAUUUGUUUCUACCUACCGGUGCCUUCCUCCACAAUCGAGGGGAGAUCAACACAAGAAUCACGAACCGUACCGUACAUUCUGAAAAGCCUCGAGCGAUACAAUAGCAUUCGGUCCCAGGGAUCCCAGCAUUGCCUGUCCGAAGACCCCCCCUCUCCCCCAAGGAACCGAACGAUGCGAACAAUCCGCACCGCUGCCAGGAUCUUUUCCAGGGCCGCGGGGCACGGUUAUCCCUCCGUAGAAGCCGGCAGAAAAGCGGCUGCGUCCGCGGCACGGCCCGCGCCGUGGUUCCGUCCUUCCGCUCGGUGCCGUUCCGGCUCCUCCUCCGACAGCCCCGCGGUGGUGGACGGAGCGGCUGCGGAUGCCGGUCUWCCCGCGAACACCAGCAAGGACGGGGUGGUCGGGCUGCCCAUCGAUUUCGACACCCAGAGCAGGAUCGAGGGGAGCGAGUCCCAGAUCGUCACCGUCCGCCUCGGACCCGACCAGGUGCUGCGGGCCGAGUCCGGGGCCAUGAUGUACAUGACCGAACACGUGGCCAUCAAUACCACGACCGGCGGGGGCCUCUCGGAGGGCUUCAAGCGCAUGCUCACGGGGCAGAACUUUUUCGUCAGCGACUAUUCCUACGGGGGACCACCCGGAACCACCGGCACCGUGGCACUCGGGACCGAUUUUCCGUCCAAGAUUCUCCGGCUCAACGUCGACGAGUACGGGGGGAAGCUGGUGUGCCAGCAGGGGGCCCUCCUGUGCUGUUCCCAUACKAUCGAUAUCAGCAUGGAGUUCACCAGGACCAUGGCGGGCGGCUUUUUCGGCGGCGAGGGGUUCGUCCUGCAGGCGCUGACCGGCCGGGGAGACGUCUUCCUAAAGGCCGGGGGCACGCUCGUGCGCAGGGACCUGGAAGACGGAGAGGAGCUCCGCAUCUCCAGCGGAUGCCUGGUGGGAUUUUCCGAGGGAGUGGACUACGACGUCCGGAUGGUCAAGGGAUUCCAGAACGUUGUUGCCGGGGGCGAGGGACUCUUCAUGACGACGCUGACCGGACCCGGGGUGGUCUGGCUCUCGGGCAUGCCCCCGCAGCGCAUGGUCGGCGAGAUUGCCCGCCGGGUCCCAUCGGGGGGUGGCCUCGCGCUUGGGGUGCCCAUCGGCGGUGGCGGAACGACCGGCGGUGGAGACACCGGUGGCUCGGGGGGUGGCAGCGAUGCCCAGUAGCCCGCGCCCGGUCCCGUGGGCCACGGGCCACCGCAACCGCGUAGUGAUAAUCUUUUGCGAUAAAAACGAAUGCACAAUCCUGCCGCAUAGCCAACCCUCUGUAACAGAUAGUA